CCCGCGUAACUCUCGAAUUUUGAACAUCUGACUAAACUCCAGAGUUUUUAUGUUGUUGUCGUCGUUUCUGAAAAUUUUUGAAGUGCGCAAAUUUCGAGACGUUAUUGGUGCUUUGGGUUGAAAUUUGGCAUGUUUUGUGACACAGUUAGUCUGCUAAUUGUGAGGUUGUCGUCUUUGUCAAGUUUAAGCCCCUCUUAAGAAAUUCUUGCCAGUCACCGAGUAUAUAGAGAUACAUCAUCUUAUCACUUAUCAUCAUCCAUCACCAUAUUCUUGCGUAGUAGAUCCUGUAAUGACAUUGUUGUAAGAGGAAAUAAGGACUGAAAAAGUAAAAACUGCAGUCAGCGGAGCCAGCUUUGCUUUUCCAUCAUUUCACCUUUUUCGUGGUGAUUGCGGUUAAUGGUGGUGUUGGCUCCGCUGUCAAUUUUUGAAAUUGGAACAUUUUAAGAUUCUUUAUAAGCCUCUGGUAGCUGGUGAUAAUGAUUACUGCACUCACAGAGUUGUUGGAUAAGGUGGACGUGUCGAAAAGCAAUAUUUUUUCGCGUCCAGCAUUUCUGACUCCCAGAAGUCCAAUGGGAUUAUUCAUUCGUGCAUCGAUGGAAGGAUUGAAUGAUGCAAGUUUUCCAAAUCACAACGCAGAACCCACAUCCACGUAUGUCUCGGUGGGAAGUACCUUCUCGACCCCUCAGCCACACGUGGAUCACACAACAAAUCAUGGUCUCCCAGCGCACAAGUCAUCCACAAAAAAUAUGAUUCUUGGCUUCAGUAAUCCAUUCAAUUGGAAAGAAUGUACGGCUCCAGGAUGCAAAGAAGGAGAUUCGGUAUUGACAAGAUUGGCUCCUUCUAGCGAAACACAAAUUCAAGUUAUAGAAUGGAAUAUGAUGGAUAUGAAGAAGUUUUAUCCCCUCAGCAUGGUUAGCUCGUUUUUCAUCAGAUGUGUUCUAUAUCCUCUCACCCUCGUCAAGACAAAAAUUCAGAUUCAAGAAAAGGCCAAUGUAUACAAUGGAACGAUCGACUGUUUCAGAAAGAUUUAUCAAGGAGAAGGAAUGCGUGGGCUGUAUAAAGGUUUCUGGAUCUCGGCUUUUCAAAUUGUAUCCGGCGUAUUCUACGUCUCCACAUACGAAGGAGUUCGACACUCCUUGUACCUGCGUGGUUUUAAGGAUAGCCAUAUCCGCGCUUUGAUAGCAGGAGGAUGUGCUUCCGUUGUUGGACAAACAAUUAUUGUACCUUUCGAUGUCAUUUCACAGCACAUGAUGAUUGUUGGAAUGAGGCAGAACAAUUUACCAGGAGGGAGCGUUUACAACCCUUUAGGUAUACAGUAUGAAGGUCGUACAAAAGUUGAAAUCACAAAAUCUAUCGCUAGAGAGAUAUAUAGUCGAGACGGAUUUCGGGGUUUUUAUAGAGGCUAUUUUGCAUCACUAACGACUUAUGUUCCUAAUUCUGCUUUGUGGUGGGGAUUUUAUCAAGUAUAUCAAGAUGAGUUGAUAAAGAUUGUUCCUACUGGUUGCUCCCACUUGGUCGUACAGUGCAUUUCAGCGAUGCUUGGUGGCUGGACUACGACUAUCAUAACAAACCCUCUAGACGUAUGCCGUGCUCGAUUGCAGGUUCAACGUCUGCCUUCUUUCCCGAAAACGUUUUUAAUGUUGUGGCACGAAGAGAAGUAUCGGAUUUUUACAAAAGGACUUUCCGCGAGGAUGGCUCAAUCAGGGGUAUUUAGUACCUUCAUAAUUUUCGGAUACGAGUCUAUAAAACGAUUCAGCGUAAACGAAGACUAUAGAGAUAUUGUACGCUGGUAGCAAAAGACCCCAUUCGUACAAAUAGCAUCGAUAUUCAAUUACUAUACUUAGUCUCUGUAUCGUCUGCGUCCUUGUCGUCAAAAUUACUCUUAUUGGUAGCUAAAAUUAAUGAUAUGUCUGUGAUUAAAUAACUUAACCAAAUAGGCUCAUAAAUACAAUGAUCCACUAAACUGGCAAAAAAUUACAACACAAUUAGAAAUCUCUAUUUAAUGUCGGGCUGGUUUUCCGAAUGUAAUAGUAUAAAUGAAUGUCAGGGUUUUUUUUGGUUAUCUGAAAUUUAGUCGGUGUUUAUUUCGUUUAAGGAAAUCAGUUGCAAAAUUUCAAUCACAUUUAGUAUUUGUUUAUCAUCGGUCACAAAAAUCGUUGAGCAUACAAUGGUGCCAUUCAUGAUCGAACUUGAAUGAGUUCUAAUGAAUUUCGACAAUAACUAAAUAUGUUUAAUUUAUAGCUCGCAUAUUCCCAUAAAAAUGAUAAAGAAAUAUCGGACAAUUCAGUGAAAACUAAAUGUUGUUAAAAAUUGGUAGUUAAUAAAUGCGUACAUUUCCAUGUACUCUUGUUUAUUUCUAGUCAAUUUAACUAAUCUUUUAUAUAGAAUCAAAACUGCUGGUCACUGUUAAAUUAAGCUUAACUUAUGUUUAACAAAAAAUACUGUUAUUUAAUGAAACGACCAGCGAGAAAUUGCAUUUUGAUGUUAGUUAAUAUAUAUUGGUUGGCAAUACAUACGCAGGUUAAGCCCAUUAGUUAGUCAUCAUGUAAGUAGUUUUAAUUUAUAUAUGAAAUGUUCAACUGAUGUAGUCUUGAGUUCUCAAUUAAUUAAUAAGUUUCAAAAGCACUUACUGCCUUGCUCUUAUACUAUUUCUUUAUUUGUGUUACUUAGCCAGUUAUUGUUAAAAAUGAUUUGUUUGUCAAAGGAGAAAGGAGAAUAGAAACUCGGUUCGCUAAAUACUUGCGAAGUAGUCAUGAAAUAGUGAGUUAUUUAAGACAACCACAGCAAAAAAGCAGAUUACUAUCUUAUGCUAUGAUUAAGUAUGUUAUAAAGGUGUGUGUCAUCAUGCAGUAUAGCUCAAAUUUUCCUAAUCAUACUCAAAGUACUAGAAAGUACUUUGGUAUUGCCAUGAACUGAACUGGAAACUCGACAAAAAGCUCUUUUUAUCAUUAAGUUUUACGUAUGUGACUGAUCUGAGAAGUAGAAAGGGACGUGUGUUAGUUCAAAUUUGAUUUUCUUGGAUAACUUGUUGUUGUCUUGAAAAAGGUUCUGGUGACAUUAAACUUAUACUGUCAACUUAUGUCUGUUUAUACUGAUAUGUUAUGCUCCGUGAAAUAUAAACUCUCCGCUGUUAUAAACACAG